GGUGGUUGAUUGUUGAUCUGCAGGACUGACGAGUUCCUGCUUUCAACCCUGGGGUUUCCUUUUCACGAGUGCGAAAACGACACAGUAGGCUCGGAUUUUCAGUUGACGGUCUCCAAUAUGGCCUUCCGCGCUGUGAUACGGCCUCUCCGGUCGCUUGGGAUUGCAAAGCUCCCGGUGCAACAAGCACGAUGGCUCGCGACUCCGGUUCAUCCGAUUACACAGGAUUCUUCUCGGGGGCCGACCGCCAUGGUCUUCCUCAACAUGGGUGGUCCUUCAACAGUCGAUGAAGUGGGCGACUUCUUAAGCCGACUAUUUGCCGACGGCGAUCUUAUUCCCCUGGGCCGCCUGCAGGGUUACCUCGGCCCACUCAUCUCAAAGCGGCGCACGCCCAAGAUUCAGAAACAGUACGCCGCCAUUGGCGGCGGCUCGCCCAUCCGCAAGUGGUCCGAGUACCAGUGCGCCGAGAUGUGCAAGAUGCUCGACAAAUUGUCGCCCGAGACGGCGCCGCACAAGCCCUACGUUGCCUUCCGCUACGCGAACCCGCUCACCGAGGACACGUACCGGCAGUUGCUGACCGACGGGUUCGGCAACGGCCGCGGCGGGCGCGCCGUCGCCUUUACCCAAUACCCUCAGUACUCCUGCUCGACGACGGGCAGCAGCCUGAACGAGCUGUGGAAGUGGCGCCAGCGGCUCGAGGGCAAGGCCGGCGCGCUGGACGACGGGACCGACGGGACCAUCAAGUGGAGCGUCAUUGACCGGUGGCCGGCGCAUCCCGGCCUGGUCGAAGCCUUUGCGCAGAAUAUAGAGACCAAAUUGCUGGAGUAUCCCGAGGAGAGGCGGGACAAGGUUGUAUUGCUUUUUUCAGCGCACAGUCUGCCCAUGACAGUGGUAAAUAGGGGCGAUCCGUACCCCGCCGAGGUAGCCGCCACGGUCCACGCCGUCAUGAAGCGGUUGAACUUUGUCAACCCCUGGCGGCUAUGCUGGCAGUCACAAGUCGGUCCCCAGCCAUGGCUUGGGCCCCAGACCUCCAGUACGGUGGAGAAUUACAUCGCCCAGGGCCAGAAGGACCUACUACUCAUCCCGAUCGCAUUUACGUCCGACCACAUCGAGACGCUGUACGAGCUCGACGAGGAGGUCAUUGGCGAAUCAGGGCAUGCCGACACUGUCAAGCGCGUCGAGAGCUUGAACGGCAGCCCAGUAUUCAUCGAGGCCCUUGCCAACUUGGCCAAAUUGCACCUGGACAGCAGAAUCGCUUGCUCGUCGCAGAUGGGCCUGAGGUGUCCGGGUUGCAAGAGCGACCGGUGUUUGGAGUCCAAGAAGUUCUUUGCCAGCCAGCAGGUAUGAUCGGUUGCGACGGCUUGAAAAUGUGCGUUAUGCUGCAGCGGGUACAUACGGUGUCACUGGAAGUGAAUCGCGUUUGGGGUGUGUCUAAAAGAACAAGCGCCUGACUAUGGGUAUGGUUGACUUCGUCAACAAAGUUCUCGUCACAUGUGCUGGUGAAGCCAAGCGAGCCGCACACUACGUUAUCCCGUCGCGCGUGGCCUUCGGCUCGGCUGAGAGACCAGCGGUUGCGUCAACCAAGUGAUGAUUCGUUGGGC